AUGCAGAAAUACCCGGCCUUGAAGAAUGAUCUUUUGUUACGAGCAGCAAGAGGCGAGAAAGUACCCCGUCCUCCGAUAUGGGUAAUGCGUCAAGCUGGUCGUUAUCUACCAGAAUACCAUGAAGCAAAAGGAAGCCUCAACUUUUUCGAAUGCUGUCGAAGUCCUGAGGUAGCCUCCAUGCUCACCAUUCAGCCGGUGAUUCGGUACGAGGGCCUGAUCGAUGCAGCAAUCAUUUUCUCGGAUAUUCUUGUCAUCCCCCAAGCGAUGGGAAUGCAAGUUGAGAUGCUCGAUGGAAAGGGACCGCACUUUCCGGAACCGCUUAACUCGCCGAACGAUGCCCAGUACAUAGCGAUCAUGCGCAAAGAGGUUGAUGUUGAGAAAGAGCUAGACUAUGUCUAUCGCGCUAUCUCGUUGACUAGACGGAAACUUCAAGGCCGGGUGCCUUUGAUCGGCUUUUGCGGCGCCCCGUGGACUCUGCUAUGUUACAUGGUUGAAGGUGGCGGAAGCAAGAUGUUUGUACAAGCGAAGAAAUGGAUCUACGAGUAUCCUGCAGCUUCAAAGGCAUUGCUGCAAAAGAUCGCUCAAAUCUGCGUUGAAUAUCUUGCCCUACAGGUUGCUUCAGGGGCACAAUUCAUCCAAGUUUUUGACUCACUUGCGGGAGAACUCUCUCCGAGCUCGUUCGCAUCGUUCUCGCUCCCAUACCUACGCUAUAUCUCAGCCGGCCUUCGCACAAGACUGAUAAAUAUGGGCCUUCUACCCAUUCCUAUGUCGGUGUUUGCGAAAGGAGCAUGGUAUGCUUUGGACGAUCUUUGCAUAUCGGGCUAUGAUGUCGUUAGUCUUGACUGGUUGCACAAUCCAGCGCAAGCCAUGGAGAUUGCAAAGAGCCGGGUUACUAUCCAAGGGAAUUUUGACCCGGGUAUCCUUUACGGAAGUCGUGCGGCCAUAACGGAAGCGGUUCAGACGAUGGUCGAGGGAUUCCAAGGAGGAAAGCAAGGGUGGAUUGCCAAUCUUGGCCACGGGAUUACUCCUUUUGUCAACCCAGAGGAUCUCGCAUUUCUGUUUAAAGAGAUCCACCGAUUGGCCGCUUCAUGA